AUGGAGAACUUUAACUGGGCGAUGUACAGCCAAGGCCAAUUCCCUCAAUACUCGAACAGCAAUCCCUUGUCGAUGGUGAAUCCCUACUACAAUUUCCCACAGUUGGCCAGUCAAUUCCCGGGUUUUGGCUCAGCUUUAAACUCCAGUCUAAACUCUACGCCAAGCACAAAUUCGUCAUUUAGUCAUAACUCCACGUUGUGUUCGCCGAAUAUGAAUACGUUGAAGAUGGAGUCGGACUCCUCUGGCUACUACAGUUCUCCAGAAAGAGCAUCGGCUACAGUGUAUCCACAAAGUCUUGUGCCUCUCACACCGACUAGCUAUACUGCUGAUUAUGAAGGUGAGUUUGGGUUAUUAUAGUAUGAGUAGUGUCUGUUAUGUAUCAAGUUUAAAGACAACCACUAAAUUUUGUUGUUUAACCCAAGUCAUAGGUUGAUGACGAGGAUCAAUAUAUUGGUAAAUCGAUGAAGAUAAUCAAUAUAUAAGUUGUAAAAUUAAAUAUUAGUUAUUUUAGACGACAAAGAGAUGGUAACAGGCGAACACUUGAUCGCAGGUCGAAUGGGUCUUCUGAAUGAGAAUAAACAAUAUGUUGUCAAGUUGGAUGAACUCGUCAGACGAUUGGACUUACCGGAAAACUUGAACAUCAGUUACUUGAAUGCUAUUUUGAGAAGGUAACCUUUGUUUUUUUUAUUAAACUUGGCUACAAUUUGAACUUGUUAUACUAAAUUUGGUCUCACCACGAAUACAUGAAACGACUAGGAAUAGACUAUUAGGACUUUUAAAAUACUUGUACUAUCUCAAAGGCUUAUGAAUAUGAGAUUUUCUUUUUUUGUUUUACGUACUGUAAUAUACCUCUUUUUCAGAGCCAAAGGCCAACGUCACGCCAACCGCCUUCGAUCGAUCCUCAAACGUCACGGUGUGCCUGUAGCCCCAAAUAAACGUAUUCAAAACAAAGCCACUUGUUUCACAGCUCUUUGCGAAGAAGAAUCACUAACGUUGGCCGGUGAUUUGGGCACGAUACUGGACGAUAAAUUUGAUAAACCGGCGUUCCACAACGAAUUGGUGACACAAUGCCAGAACAACUUAUUCGAAUUGACAGAGACCAUCAAACAGUUCCAAGCAGCACUGUCACAGGACGUGGAAAACAAAGGAACGACACGAAACUCGUUGGAGCCCUUUAAGAAGAUGUUCGAAGUCAUGGGGAGAACAACGUUACAAGCGUUUGAGAAAGACCGAACCUUUGAGUACCAAAAGACGGGAGAUGUUCCACAGAAUGCGGAUCCAUUACAACAAUCUUUCUGGGAUACAAAUUUGGUAAGAUUUUCUUGUGUUUUAGUAUUUAGAAGUAAUUCAAGCUUGAAUUCAAGUACUAUCGAUUUAUGGAUAAGGUCGGUAGUGGAUAGACAAAAAAUCCACUAAUUCAUUCGUAGUUUUAACUUUUAGGAUAGAAACCUCACAAAAGCUUCAGCUUUAUGUAAAGAACGAGUUAGUAUAACAUUUUUCCUUUCAGAUGACUCACAACUUUGGAAUCCACGCAAUGAUGUCGACAGUAUCUACAAUAACCGGAGCCAAAGGCCCUUUGCCUGACUUGACCGCCCCUUGCCAUCAACCUCCAGCCAUAAAACAAGAACCUUAA